AAGCACAGCACCGUGACGCGGACGUGCUCCGUUUCGAGCAUCGGCGCAACUUUUCUAAUGCUUCUUUUAGGCAGGUCCUCUAAUGCACAUCGAGUUGUGUCGUGUCGUCUGACAUGAACGUGGACCCUUUGUUCAAUUUUCUCGAGUUCGAUUCGGCGUUGGCAAUUGCUGUGGUAAAGGGCCAUUUUGAUCUCGAACUCAGGUGCGACUCGUGUUUACAGCUGUACCACGAGGAACCAUUAGCACCGCAUGUAUCACCUCCGGCUGCUUCAAUCUCGGGCUGACAGGAAACGGCACUUACUCAAGGAGACUUGAGAGUAUUUGCAGAUGGGGAACCCGGUCAUGUCGAGGAAAACACACAUAUCGUCUUCAGGUUGCUGGAGCCACAGCUUGGUCAAGUCGAAGGGCCAAAUGUCGAAGCAAGAAGUCUGAGCCUGGACAAAGAGCGUCUCCUCAUGGCUGGGGAGUGAUGAAAGUGUCAAGUUCUGCUACACGAUAAUUCGGCCGCGGUAGAUGGGUGAUCUAAGCUUCUGGGCCCGCCUUCCAGGUUGAGGCGUCGUUGCCAGAUGAAACGGCGACGGGGGAGACUCCCGUCUUUCGGACUCCUGCCUCACCUAGUUGGUCAAUCCAUCUUGGCUUGUUCGGCUAUGAGGACAGAUGUGGCCGACGUUGUCCGCGGGCUGUUGCUUGGAACAACAGUUCCUGAGGUGUCCCCUCACUCCCGUCAGUUGUACUUGACGUCCCGACAAACAAAGGCUGCCCUUCCGCUUCUCCAUGGCUGCGCUCCAUCUCAAAAACUCCCCAAUAGCCCCACCUGGGGUGUAUGUACGAUCCUAAGGAAUCGAGGACCGCAAAAUCGAAUGGCGGCGCAGAUCAUGAUGAAAGGCGCCUGCGAAAACCACACAAGCUGCACUCAUGUGACUUCGGUUCGUUGCUCUACACUACCAGACGAACUUGUUUGUGUGCGAAAGAGGACACAGUACCCGACCACGGCCGGCACAGCAGCAGCAAGUCCACAACGGAGAGAGAGAAACAGCGAAAAGCCGUCCUUAUUCAUCUGUCCCAUUGGGGUCAUCAUCUGGGCUACUAUGUACCGUCUACGUCUAGUCCAUACAACCUGAAAGCCUACAUAGUUGGGCGGGGAUCUCCAUCCGAUCGUACUCGCCAGUCAUUAUGCGGGGACGAAACGCCCAGCAUCCAUCCAGCAGGACAUAGGUCGCUACUACACUAGUCGACUGUAGGUCUAGUCGGUCUGCACCUGGAUACCAUCCUCCUGCCCUCCGACUUUCGAACCAAACUGCAAUCAGGCCAUACUCUCUUCUCUUCGGUUUUACGAACAAACACAUCCCGUACAACGACCAAUCCGACUCCGAUUGUGUUGCUGUCAUGGAAGUCACGGCUGGGUCAAAGGCAACGGAAGUCAUGAAGUCUUCCGCAAACCGGGACUUGCUCGGUCGAACCGGUUUGGUGCAUAAGACAGUGGAGGCACCUCUACGUGGCCUCCUGAACUCUGGACCAGGUCACGGUAUGUCCCAGGUUUCUGCCUCCUCUAGUUUGUGUGUCGAGGUAUCGAGCCAACUUCAUCCAAGGUCGUAUCUGCCGCUGCUCGCCCAUAAAAAAUCACCUCACAUCUUCCAAUAUUUCUGGCAUGGAAACAACACAAGACCUAGCGCAGAUUCUUCUUCGUUGCCUACCGAUUCCAUUUUACGCUGGCAUUCAUUGGGAUGGCGUCACCCCUGGACCGCAAAUAUCACGUGCGGCUCUGUUUCAAUCCCUGCCCAGCUUCCGCUUUCCGCGCGAUGCCUGUCAAGGCCUGUCACCUCAAGGCCUGUCUCAUCUGUCCUAGCACUCUGCGCUACCAAGAUCGAGGGCUGAAUCCCAAGGGUUAGGUACCCAAGCAGGCCAAGGGCUUCCUUCCCCAUACUGUCCGCCCUAUAUUACCGUCGUCUUAUCGUGGCGACGAGACGACCAGAGCUGUCAAACCAGCAUUUGAUCAUUAUCCACCUCAGUACGAUAUGCUCUGUCUGUUAACCAGCCUGUCCAGCAGCCCGUCUGCGCAUCUGCCUCGGACGUCCCAGUCUGCCGUUGCUUUUGCUGCCUCAAGUUUCAGCAAACACGCGACCGGAAGCCGGAUGCCAUGCGAGUGCCUCCACAAUGCGCGCGGCUUCGUCAACCCCGGCCUCUUCCGAUUCUGGUCUGGAGCCCUUCCCCACCGGAGACAGGAGACAGAAAGACUGGCCACACCCAAGGCGACCAUCCAAAGGGGAGACUAUGGAGCAGACGGUCUGCCGGGGUCUAAAAAAAAAUCCAGCCAACUCCAUCGGCGUGUUCUGAAUAGCAGCUUAUUCGUUCAACACGGGACCACUCUAGUCGCCCCGUAGCGCGAUCAACCGCAGCAUUGCACUCUUCUGAUUCGCCGAUUUCUUGAUUCUGGAAACCGCAAUGGGGCUUCUCCAGUUCCUGGCCUAUUUUGGUGAUGACGGUGCUACCAUUGCUGGCCCGUUGAGCCGAUGGGACUAUGGAUCUCUGCAAGUGCCUCAGUGCUGAGGAACGUCCUGCAAGACAACCUGAUAAUCUCCCCGGUCUUAGCAGUCGAAUGUAGGACUCCUUUAGGGCUGCAACAUGAAUCCCACCCUGCAGCCUAUGUAUUUGACGGUUACUACUCCCGAGUACUCUGUACAGAUGUCACAGUACAAUUUGGCCUGUACAGUCACCCUUGGUCACCAUACCCUUGAAGAUUCUUGACGAGCAUUGCCCACCAACGUGUCACGACGGCUGUGGUACAGCCUGGCAUUCACGGACCAAACUAAUUUGCUAUAUGGAUUCUGCAAUAGUUCUCUUCGUCAUAGCGGAAACGGGCGGUAAAACGACGAACUCGGCAUCGGAAUUGCUAUUUUCAUCGGUCACUCGCUCAUCAUCUGCCACUCUUGCAGUGAGAUCUUUCCUUUCGAAAAUGAUGGAUCCCAUCGUUGCUCUCUCCGCCCGAAUUUCUUUCCAGAUGCAGAAGGCAUAAGCUAGGAGACAUCGUCCGGUCUCUACCAGGCCCGACCAGGGUCAGCGACCCUCAACUACCCUGGCAGAGCGACGGCGCCUGGGGUUCAGUACCUCAGGGGUGAUUCCACAUCGCCGUCAAAAGUUUGCUCGGCUGUGUGGGUGUGCACACUUUUUACCGUUCAUUGUCCACGGUAAGGUAAGGACGGCGAAUAGUGGCGGACGUGGCUUCAAGUAUAGGUGCAACAUACUGGACACUCGAGCGUGCCAACCGGCCAUGUCGAGUAACGCGGUGCUAUAUACUCGGCUGCCGCGGCUACAGUCACUCCGCAGCCGGAUCAACCAUAGCCCUCUGAAAAUCAAAAUGUCAAGAAGGGAUGAUAGAAAUGUAACAGGAUCGAGGACGGGCGGCACUGCACAGAAAGUAGGAGAGUGUCAUAUAUUAAGGAAGGCCCAGCGGCUCGGACCGAGCAGGUAACCACGAAGCCAGUGGCUGCCAUAACCUCCGCUCAUAUCUUCGGAAGUAUUACUGCGUACGUGGUAUUCCUACGAGGGUCUGUCAGCCACUUGACCUGCAACUCGGGAGAUCAGACCUGAAAGCCAUAGGCGCUCACUCCACCACCAUUCAUCCUUCUCAACAAGCAUUGCCCCAUUCUUGUGCUUCUACCAGUUUCUUAAGGGUAGCCGGAACUUAGUUUGGACGACAGAACAACGGCCAGCGCAAACAAGACCAAUCUCGAACAAGCUCGAUCUACCACGGGCAUUGGGCAUACGGCAAGCACAACCUCCCAAAGCCGUCUGAGUCUCACUUCCGCAUAUUAGGGCUGGACUGGAUAGGCGAGAAACCUGUGAGAUCCCUUGAUCCCGAACGGAGUAAAUUACUUAGGUAAUUUGUGCUGAGCGAGGCGUCGGCGGCCUGAGGACCACCUGAAUGUUGACAGCGAAUGGAAGAGCCGAUCUUAGCCUGGUCGUCAUCUAUCCAUCGAAGUAUAUAGUGACCUUUAACGAGGAGUCAAGUGUCCAAUUGCUUGUGGGCCACGCCAUAUUUCACCGAAAACUUCAAAUUUCCCGGCUUUGCGUAUUUGGGUUUCCGCUGCGCAUAACCUGGGACACAACCGCUUCAAAAGAUGGCACGAACUUACGGCGAUCAACCGGGUUUCGACAACUACGGCGCCGGAACAUAUGAGGAGAUGAUGACCGAAGUACCCUCAGCCUUCAGUCUCGGCAGCGGUCCGAAAGGUCUUGGCAUACCCGAACACGCCACUUACUCCGAAAAUCAAACCACUUCAAUCCACACCACACACCAGCGGAGCGGGCCGAGCUUACCCUAUCCGAACUUCGCCUCUUCAGCCCGGCAAACCACGCUUGCAACUUCUCCAAGUUUCCCUGUAACGACAGCGUCAUAUCACGUUCCGACUCCUGAGAAUCCCACGCAGCCUCCUUACUAUCAGCAAGGGGCUGGGUGGGAGCAACAACAACUACCAUCCACGAGCGCCGCCGCUCUGUACAACCGCGAACACACGGCGGUUCCAGCACCUCCGGCUUUGACACCUUACGAAUUCGCGCCUUCGCAUGAUAUUUCGGGUUCUUGCCUUGGUGACGGUAGCACUUACGGAUCGCCGCCUGUUGUCCAGAGUCCAAUACAGCCCGGGUUUGGGUUCUUGUGGGCGAACGGUCACCCGCCUAACAGCGUUGGAUCGAACACGCCUUCCCAAAGAGCUAUAGCAUCACCGACUGCGAGAACAUUCGAGUCAAUCAGCGCGCCAUCCGACACUGGAUUUUCGGAUCACUCGGACGGCGUCGCUUAUGCAAACAUUGAUGAGAGAGCCAAUCAUCAGCAACAGCAGCAGCAGCAGCAGCAGUCGCAGCAACAUCGAUGGGUCCAAACUACUACCGUGUCAAUGGAGGGAUGCAACAAGAGCGAGGACGGUCCGUGGAAUACCGGCGAAAAGAAGGCCUUUGGCCAAAUCAUGACACCGAUAUCUUGCGCGUCACCGUUCAACGCAGCCGCAGCAGUGCCACCAGCAGUACCAGGAGGUGCUGCUAAGGCCGCGAAAGGGACCGCGUCUGCAACUGCCGCCUUGAGCAAGAACAAAGGAAAACUGCGAAGCGCCUCACGGGCUCCCAAGAACAUCCAGCCGCGACCGGAAGAGACGCCGGAAGAGCGAAAGUCGCGCAACUCGCAUAAUUUGGUGGAAAAGCAGUACCGCAACCGACUCAAUGCCCAGUUUGAGAGGCUCCUGGCUGUACUCCCGGACUCUGUGCGCUCAUCGAUGACCAUGAUCGGCGGCUGUGGCGGGGACCCGGACGGCGUCAACGGCAAUGGUGGUGGUGGUAGCGUUAUACCGGGCCAACACCCUUCGCUUGACUUUAGUAUUGAACGGCGUCUGAGCAAGGCCGAGGUGUUGGAUAUGUCGAGGCGUUACAUAUUAUCGUUGGAGAAGGAACGGGAUACUCUUGAGAGGGAAAAGGAACAGUUGAUGCAUAGCAUUGAUCAACUGAGGCAAGGCCAUGGUCAUCCCAGCCACGGUGGCCAUGCUGGUGCGAUGUACUUGGUGGAUAGGAACGGAAUCCCGAUAGGGCAUGGGCACAUGAGAGGAGUUGGAGGUUGAUUUAACCCGGUCUUUUGUUUCUCUUCGUCGGGAGCUGUAUAAUCUUUCCUCAUGUCAAUUCAUUCAACAGAACACACCAAACCAGGAAGAAAGAAAAAAGAGAAAGAAAAAAAGAAAAAAUGAAGAAGAAGAAGACGAAGAAGACGACGGAAGACGAAGAAGAAGAAGAAGAAGAACAGAAAGGAAAAGGGAAAAAAAAGCGUUAUAGAAGGUACAGAAUGUAGAGGUUGGUUGCGCUUUGAGAGGGUUCAAAAAGUACCUUCAGAGUUGUUGAUGACCAUAUAUCUAUGUUUACUUGUUAUUGCUCUUCAGCGGAGAAGUCGAGCGAGCGGCACUGCGGACACUGAGCACACGUAUCAUGCUGGCAUUAGCUAAGCAUAUGGUUAUGAUUAUUGAAAAUCGGAUCAGUUACUGGGUAAAACUAUAGCUUGUAUUGAGUGCCCAACGGGAAAUUAAGCACAUAGACUACCAGGUUAUCAACAGCCGGCCCCCUUUUUCCUUUUCCCUUUUCCCUUUUCGAUGGUAUUCACAGAAGCUUCGUGUAUGACCGUUGGUGUACAGAGGACGCUGUCUGUCUACCCAAUCUGUGCUUAGUAUGGGCAAUCCAUAUCCUUUUUUUUUUU